AUGCAGAGCGCUGGACUGGGAGGACUGGAGGAGUACAAUGGCAGCAUCGCACACGUAAACCUCACCUCAGUACGCAGUCCAUGGCUGAAGCAGCAGCCAUGCGAGCUGUGCUCGAUCGAGGCGCCCGGCGUUAAGGGCCAGGAGGUGCUCCGCCUCCUGUGCGACGACGCUACUAACGAGAAGGACGCCGUCACUGGUCUUAUCCGCCGCAUUGUAACGGCCGCAGAUCCUCCGGUGACGAGCGCGUUCAGCGUGCUAAACCUCAGCAAGGUGGUCGAGCUGUUCGCGGCGUGGCGGCGUGGGCUCAAGGGUGUGCCGCCGUACUACGCCGUCAAGUGCAACCCCAACCCGGCGCUGCUCGGGGCCCUGGCCGCUCUCGGCGCGGGCUUCGACUGCGCCAGCCCCGCCGAGAUGGACGCCGUGCUCGCGCUAGGCGUCGCCGCCGACCGCGUCGUCUACGCGAACCCAUGCAAGCCCGAGUCGCACAUCCAGCACGCCGCGAGCGUCGGCGUUGACAUCACCACCUUCGACUCGGUGGAGGUCGACAAGCUGACGCGCUUCCACCCGAGGUGCAGGCUUCUGCUCCGGCUCAAGGUCCCCGACGUCGGAGACGCCCUGCUUGACCUGGGCACCAAGUACGGCGCGCGGCAGGAGGAGGUGGCGCGGCUCCUGCGCGCCGCGCAGAGCGCGGGCCUGGCGGUCUCGGGCGUCGCGUUCCACGUCGGGAGCGCCGUGUCCCGCGUGGGCGUCUAUGACGUGGCCGUGGAGGCGGCCCACGCGGUGUUCGACGCCGCCGCGGCCCGCGGCAUGCCACCCAUGCGCGUCCUGGACAUCGGCGGGGGGUUCAUGGCCGGCACCGCCUCCACGUUCCAGGACGCAUGCGACGUGAUAAACUCUGCGCUGACGCGCUGUUAG